AUGGUAGGAAACUUAUACGGUGCAGGUCUUGCUAGCAUAAUGACCAUUCCUCAAUACGAGAAGCCUAUUGAUACUGGAAGGGAUUUCGCCGAAAGCAAUAUGUUACUAGCAGGAAGUGCCAUAUCAUGGAUCUACGCAAUAAUGGACGCUCCCCAACCGUUCCUUCAAAAAAUUGUUGAGAACUAUCGCCUAGUGGAUAUAGAUUACAUGAUUGAUCAUCGGUACGCUCUCGAUAUAGGAUACAUCGGUGAGCGGACUCAGUUUGGUAAUUUUGGGCCCAUCGAUUUCCUGGACGAAGGAUCCGCUAGCCUCAUGCGGUUACUGAAGGAUGAUCUGUUCUGGCAGAUGUGUACAGCGAUCGUUUCGAAAACAUGGCCUCUCAAACAUCACUUCAACAAACUUGUUUUAGCGGUCAAAGAAUCGGGAAUACAGAAUUACUGGGAACUUCAGGUUGUGAAAAAUUUUAUGAACUCAAAAAUUCAGCAAGGUAUUCUCGAUAGUCGCAAUACCAAUCAAGGAUCUGAGGCCGAAACACUUAGGGGAAAAUUUGGCAAUUACCUUCCAGUACCUUCGGCAUCCCCGUUGAUGAAUCAAUCUUUAUGCUCAGAUUGUGGAGCAUGUCGUCCAGGGCCUCUGAUCGAGGACACCAAGGUCAGCUUGGUAGUUGCACCGUUGUUCUGCGAGAAAAUGAGUGAAAGGGCAAUGGAAUGCAUGGAGGAAUAUUCCGGGUCUUUCCACAUCCUGUGUUUGACCGAUCCUGAUACACCUUGCCAGGCUGUCGUCUUUUUUGUACUCCUGGAUAUUAUCCUGAGGAACUCAGUCAAUGACGAAGUUAGAUUUCAACAUCUGGAAAAGUAG